AUGCAUAUCUUUGGUUUGAGGCGCACAAAGUCAAUCGCCAGCAAGAAUAACUCCAAGCACCUCGACUCCCCUCCCUCGUCCGCCACAUCCUCCAAGCUCCAGCUCGUCCCCAACCUUCCCAACCCCGCACGCCCGUCCCCGUCCCCCUCUACCUCCCCAGUUCUUCCAAACAAUCACCCAACCCAACCCGUUUCUUCUGCUCAUACUUCAAGCCCAACAAAGCGUGCCAUUGCUUCCAAAAUCAGUCAUCGCGAUGUCCUCGACGACAGGUCUAAAACAGUACAGUCAGCGUCGCCCUCGCCCAUAGACACUCAGGCAUAUCAGGGGCUGACUCCAGCUCCACCUCGUUCGCCUCGGGCAUCUAAGCCUACUUACUCCGAACUGUACACCCAGAACGACCUGUCGACAUUUUCGUUUGGCGCAGCUCCAGCAGUCGCCUCUUCAUCAGUUUCGCAGCUUCCAGUUGACCCUCUCACCCGGCUUCCCGAGGACGAUGAAAUAUCAUUAACGCCGAGUGCACUCCAGGACACCACUCCUCGUCCCUCAGUUGUAGGGGCACAACCUCCUCUCGUUCACAACUUGCAGCGUCCAACACACAACAACUGGGAUUCACAAAAUCGAUUAAACCCUGCAAGCAGGGGUGCCAGGGCGGCCGGAAAAGCCAAGGCACACGAUUCCGAUUCCGCCUCUUCCCAUACCUUUGGUACAUCUUCUGCGUCUGCCUCCGUAUCGUCGUUAUCCAGGCCCAGAGGAGACAACUCCCGCGCUGCAUCUAGGACCAGUGGCUAUUCCAGCACAACUCCGCAAACAUCUGCGAACGAUCUCACGUCGGAUGAGGAUGACGACAUGAUUGGUCGCCACCCUCUCCCUCCUGAACCUCGGCCGCCGGGACCACCCUUUCGUUACACCUCACCAGAUCAAGAGUCUUCUCUUUUUCUUUCCGAAGAAGAGUUUGAUGGCGAGGGCUAUGUGGAGGAGUACGAGCCUGACAUCGAAAUAGAGUCCGUAGUUCCAGACAGCGAUCGCGGGACCAUCGAUUAUAUGAACGACAGUCAGGAGAGCUUCCAGCCAAUUCAAACCGAAAGAAGGGGUAGUGCCGCCAUGGCUAUUCCUAAGAAACAAUUCGACAGCACAUACCACGAUUCAUUUCAGGACAAUAACAGCAGCGCAUGGGAGUUUGACUACAGUAACCGACGGGGUAGCAAGAGCAUGAUAGAACGCAGCUUCAUACAAGGUGCGGAGUCAUCUCACGGACAUUCUCUGCCUCCAGCUCCGGCUUCUGUGCCCGAAAGCGAAGGUGAUUGGCAGAAUUUGCGAAAACGGUCAAUGACUGCCCAAAGAGACAACAAUCUUGCACCGGUUCCAGCAGCUACCCCUUCUUUUUCUGUGUCAUCUUCCUCGACGCAGUUUUCCUCAAAUAACGGUUCAACGCCGGCGCCAGAUGCUGUUCCCGCUACCGAUAGUUGGUUUAUUGGUGCCGGGAUUAAUGGUCUUGUUGAUAUCGAUUCGUCUGAAAUGCAAGACAUCGUUGACACUGAUGUGGGCGGUAGAUUUUUCCGAAAGGGAAGCACCAACAGUGCAGCCAGGCGAACAAGCACGGUCUCUAGCACAGACAUUAUUCAUAAGAAUAUAACGACAUCAUGGGAGACCGAGAGGGAUCGAGAACGAAGGUUAAAAUGGAGCAGCUUCAAAGCCAAAGAGGGGGAUGAGCAGGCCAAUCGUCGACAAAAUGGCGAGAGAGAACGUCCAAGCAUUGCCAACCUCUUUCCGCGUACGAGUACCAGCACAAGCACUGAUGUGCGCACCAAUGGAUCAAGCCUAUUCCUCGACAAGCCUGAUACCAAACACAAAGAAAAGGAAAAGACGGGUAGCAGUAAAGCCAAAUGGACUGGGAUGGCCCCCGACUCGGAGGAGAUUUGGUACAAUUCUCACCUUGGGAAACACAAGGUUCAGCGCAAGAACGCGCCGGCUACUGAACCUGGCAAGCCUCAGCAGCAGCGCCUACAAGCUCAGCAUCUGCGUAGUCCCAAUGGUGGUCGUGACCAACCCGAUGGACCCAACAUAACCAUCCAUAAACACUCUAAGGCAGCAGCAUUCUCGCUCAGUCGGAGCCAUCGCAGAACCACAUCGUCCUCCACCACUGGACAAGCUACCGGCUCGGGAGGAUCCCGAAAUCUCACUUCUUCCGGCGGCCAGGUAUCCUCCAGAGACUCUACUGGCAAUAAUCGCAAGAAGUCCAACAUGAUUUUGCUGGCUACGCGUCGUGUACAAAAGGCCUAUACGAGUACUAAUACUACGCGUAAAUUAGACACACAUGGUUUGUUGGAUGACAAUGGUCGCACUAGCCCUCAACCUCAGCAUGCUGAAAGUUCUAGAAGGGCAGCUGAACGUGAACAUGACAGGCAUCGGUCGGCGAAAACCAAGGAUAAGGAAUCGAGGACGAGGGACAAGGAAGCCAAGGCAAAGGACAAGGAGCGCAAGGAGAAGAGUCGGUCAGGCGAAGGGUCUUCUUCGAAGCGCCUUACGUCGAAAAGCGAGGGAAAGUUGCGAGAGGUUGUGGCUGCCGAGACCCCACUCCCAGAUAGUUCCGAAAGCAGCGCAGGCAGUGUUUCUUACGCCAUCUCUAGUGGUGACAGUGGAACAAUGGUUGACUCUUCUUCUGGGACAUCUCCUGACCAAACUCAAGUAACGGACCCCACCGGUUCGAAUGGUUCCAUCGAGCCUUCCAUUCGCAGUCAAGAAACUGCCUCCUCUGAUCGCACAAUCUCUCGUGGCAUCUAUAAAGGCUACUUGAAACCACGUCGCCGUGGCGAUUACGACUCUUACGACGACUUGGGUGAGGACGAAGAGGACGACAGCUCGGACGGAAUUUCCGGAAUACCCAGACCUCCAACGCGCACCCCACAUCGUGAAACCUACGCUGCUCUUCCUCCCGAAGUUUUCGAAGCCGCUCAUCAAGAACCCUCUUCCACCGGUCUCUUUUCUUCGUGGAAGAAGCCCAAACUAGACGGUACUUCGCGCAUCAUAGAAAGUUCAUAUAAACCUCCAUGGCCUGUGAGCCACCCUCGCACUAACUCUGAGACGCGCAAAGGUAUCGUUGACGAUUUAAAUUCGUCUUUCCAAGACGUCGGCCUCCUUCCUGCCACCGGAGAAAUAAAGGGUUCGAGUCACAGCGGACAGCGACGGAAACAUGACCAGCACCCUAAAAAGUCCAAGCGAAAUGGCAAUUCUCAAAACCCAGACCAGCCGGACAUAUUCGACUCUGUGCCUGACGAAGCACUCUACAUGCUUUUACCCUUAUAUCCCUCAGAUACCGACCCAUAUUCGAGCCGCAAAUAUCCAUUCACUAUGCCUACAAUUCCGGCGCAUGCGCGCCAAUAUUUGAUGAUUUUCUAUAAGACUUACGACCCGCGCCAUCCAACAGAGGAAAAUGGCAAAAGUAGAUCAGGAGAAAAGAAACGUGCACAUGAGUCGGCUGACACGACCACCGACAAAUCCGUUCUUCUUCACACCUUCCAUAUUACCGCUCGUGUGUUUUCCUAUCGCGAUUUGCAAGGGUCUGGCGUCCGCAUUCCCGAGGUCGGCCUCGCUGUUUGUGGCCCUCUCGAGGAAGCAUAUAAUAGCAUUCCUCUGUGCCAGCGCAAAGACCAAUAUGUUAUCGGCGUCUGCCACUCACGCGAAUCGGGUAUCCAGUUCAUCCCUGAUGGAUUUGAGAAGAUGGGCUUGACGAUGGCUGGCCCCAAUGUUCCAGAGACUUCUGACGAGGAGGAUAACAGCCCUAUCGACCCAUUGAGGGACAUGCUGACACCCAUCGGACGUGCAGUCGUGGAGAUGGCCUGGGUCGGAGCUCUGGCUGUCUCCAGCUUCAACCCAAACCACUCUUAG